UGUUCUUGAGCUUGGGGGUUUUAAUAGCCAGGAGCAGGGGUUGCACUAUCGCUUCACUUGGAUCUCUUCGGCUCCGCGGCGCGCAUCGAUCGGUAUUCCGGUCUCCUUGCAUCUGAUUUCGGCAAGAUGAAGAUCCCGCUAGCUAUGGCGCUUCUCCUCGCCGUCGCGGCCACCGCCGCGGCAUUCAACGUCACCGAGGAGCUCCAGAAAGAACCCGACUACUCCGAGUUCAACGAUUUGCUCACGAAAUCCGGCCUCGCCAGCGACGUCAACACCAGAAACUCCAUCACCGUCGCUGUUAUUCCCAACUCCAAGAUCGAUCAGCUCCGCGGCAGCCUGGGCCAGACCGCCACUGAGAAGCAGCUCAUCGACAUCAUCCGCGUCCACAUCUUCCUCACGUACAUCAAUCCCGCCGUGAAGAACGAGGAUCAGCAGAUCACGUCGCUCUACCAGACCACCGGCAAGGCCCCCGGGCAGGACGGCACGGCCAAUCUCACCAACACCAAGGCCGGCCUCGACAUCGUCAUGUCCGGAUCCAACACCACCAUCGUCAAGAGCGUCAAGCAGAUCGGCUACAACCUCAGCAUUGUGGAGGUGGACAAGCCACUCACUCCCAAUGGAGUUCUUCCGCAAGCUCCCACCCCAGCUCCUCCGCCAGGCACGGUCCCAGCUCCAGCGCCAGUUCCAGUGGCUCCAGCACCGAUCCUUGCCCCGGCUCCCGGUCUCGCGGCUGCCACUCCCGCAUCCACCAGGUCGCCUGGAUCUGCCUCGGACCAAUCCAGCGCUUCUCGAAUUCUUGCCUCGACACUGCUGCUAGGGAGCUCGAUUGUGGGCUUUGCUCUUCUUUGGUAGUGUCCGGUUCUUUUGGAGAUUUUGGGGAUGGAUCACAGGGAGGAGAUGGAUGGAAAUGGAAAUUCUCUUUGGUGGUGAUGGUGGUGGUACCACCUCUCAGGUAUAUCAUUCAAUUUUUGCUCUCUCCUCACGCACACUAGACACACAUACACACUUGCACUUUUCUAUGUUCUUGGUACAUACUUAGCUGCAUUGUGAUUUUUGAGUGGACUUUGGGUAGCUCCAUGAUUGAUUUGUACUCGGGAGAGAACUUUGAUUUCAUAAUUCUAUUGUAUCCUUCUUUA